AUGGCCAGCCAACAACAAGUCAAUCCUAAGAAGCAACAGGAGCUCCAGCUUCAAUACACAAAUUACAAAAACGCACUACAACAGCUGGCCCAGAAGAUCGGAGAUAUCGAACAAGAAGCUGAAGAGCACAAACUGGUCAUUGAUACCCUUGAACCUCUCCCCGAAGACCGAAAAUGCUUUAGGAUGGUAAAUGGAGUCUUGGUUGAGCGGACAGUCAGCGAUGUUCUCCCCUCGUUGAAGACGAACUCGGAUGGUCUGAAGCAAGUGUUGGAGGAGUUGCUGAAGCAGUACAAGACUAAGCAGACGGAAUUGGACAGCUGGAAGAAAAAGAAUAAUAUUCAGGUUGUACAACCAUAG